UUAAGCUUAUUACUUUCUUGAAGUCGGAAAAAAUAACAAUAAAUAAAAUUAGAAAGCAUUUCUUGAAUCUGUUGUGUAGGAAAUAUUUGUUUUGUUUGUAACUUAAAAGAGUUAAAGUUACGUCUUUUAGACGAUUUAGCCGUUAUAUUAAUAUAAAAACUAAGUUUAGCACAAUAUUCUUAUAUUUUAUAGAAGAUAAGCUGUUGCAGAUGUGGCGGUCAUUGAAACAAGCGGCUGUUAAGUCUAAAAUUCACAACAAAGUUUUUUUCCGCAAUCAUUCAAAUGAAUUAUAUAGUAAAUCUCGAAAGGUAGCUAUAGUAACUGCUGCUGCUUGUACAGGAUUGGUGUCAGCUGUUGUGUACAGUAAAUAUGAUUCUGCACUAAAAAGUGUUUUUGAAAGAUAUAUUCCAUAUAUUAAUAAAAUAUAUGAGCUCUUGCCGGAUUUUUAUGAAUCUAAAAGCCUGACACCUGAAACAUCCCUAGAGAAUAAAGAGUUGUCCAAUUUUUUAAAAGAUGAGCCAGAAGAUGCUGCUGGCUCAUCUCAGAAAUUUGGGGUAGAUUUUAAAACGCAUGUAAAAGACGGAACUGUAAAUAGUGAUGUAAAUAAAUUAGAAGUAGAGCCAGUUGAGCUGAAUGUCUCAUUGUCUGAAAAGCAAGCUUCAAAGUUUGUAUUCAAUGAAAGUUUCGUUAAUGGUAUGGUAAAACAAUUGGAAUCAAGUUGUAGUGAAACGAUAUUAGCAUAUGAAGAUGCUGUCGAAGAAAUUAGAAAAUAUAUGAAGUCAUUGUGUGCAGCCUUAUCUGGUGAUCCUGAUAGUAAUAUUGCUUGGAAACAAGCUUAUCAGGCAACUUGUGAUAGAAAUGCUGCUAUUGAAAGGGCUGAAGAAAAGGCAUCAAAUACCAAAGCUUUGAUUGAAAAGCUUAAAUCUAUUGCAAAAAAUGUUGCCCUUGAAGAUCCUAAACACCCAUUAAUUAAUAUGUGUGAUGAUACUGUUAAGAAAAUUGUGAAAGAACUAAAUAAUUCUGAAACUAAAAUAAAAUCUGUUGAAAAUGAAAUCAAAUCUACUUCUGAGUAUCAGAUGCUUGUGAAUAAAUGUAUAGAAGAGUUUCGGCAGAAAUUUCAAAAUUGGACCCAUGGAUUAAGCGAUAAAAAAACUAUUGAUGAGAGUGAUUUGAAUGCCUUGAUUGUUGAAGCUCAUCAAAAGAUUGAGCAAUUACAGAAGCAACUUGCUAAGCAACAGGUCACUGAAGAGGUAAGACUUGGUGAGGCAGUGAGAAAACAAAUAUUGAAUGAAAAUUCUCUAAUCGAGGACAAAAUUGGAGCAGAAUUAGAAAAAAGAAAUAUUGAGAUUGAAAUAGCUGUUUUGAAAAGAGUGUCAUCACUUAAAGAAAAUUUUGAAUCUGAACUUAGGAAGCUACUUCAUAUCCAAGCAGCGGCACAUAGUGACCAUAUACAAAAACUGUUGAAAGUACAUGAGCAAGAAAUUGAACGAAAAUAUUCUUUAGAUUUGGAAGAAAGACUACUACACACGAAAGGUGCUAUUGCAUCUGAUAUGUCUGGAUUGAUGGCGAGGUUGAAAAAAAUAUUAGCAUUUUUAAAAGCUAAAACAGAUUUAGAUGCUGAGUCCAGAAAAGCUGAAUCAUUAUGGUUAUCUUGCCAGUCCAUGAGUAACAAGAUUUCUUCAAAUAAUAGCAACUUGAAUCCUUUGGAAGAAGAUAUUGCUUCUAUAAAGCUUUCUGCGGAUGAAAGUAAUGUGUAUGUUAAUACUGUAUUGGCAGGAAUACCUAAUGAAGCCUUAUCUCGUGGUGUAUGUUCUCCUGGCAUUUUAAAGCAGAAGUUUUUUGAUGUGAAAAAAGUUUGCCGAAAAGUAGCAAUGAUCGAUGAAAACAAUGAUUCUUUAUAUCGUUAUUUUUUGUCUUAUUUGCAGUCUUGUCUAAUUAUAGAUGAAGUUUCCAUACCUGCAGCUGAGCUUGAGGGAAAGGUGGCUGUUGAUCCAAGGGAAUGGGAUACGUAUGAUAUUCUUUCCAGAAUCUCUUAUUCCUUACAAAGUGAUAAUCUUGAGCAAGCUUUGAGGUACGCCAAUCAGUUAAAAGGAGAGGCUAGGAUUGUAGCGAAUGAAUGGAUAAAAGAAUUAAGACUAUUGUUAGAAACACAAACAGUUGUUAAAGCUCUCUCAGCUUAUGCAGCAGCUGUUAAUGUUCAGGCUUAUCACUAACGUAACUGUUGUAUCAAACUGCUUAGUAAUUAAAUAAAGAAUAUUCCUUAAUUUUCAA